UUACAGUAUUCCCGCUCUUUGCGGCUGUAGUGCGUACGCGGCACGUGUAUUGUUCCUGUCUCUGUUCGGUAUACCGUACCGGCGUACGGCCGCGUUACGCGUACCAGUCUACGUGGAGAGGAGAUGGUGGCCUCCGCUGCCCUGCAGUGCCCAGGAUUGUACGCUAUUUUACGUGGACAUACGUUAUCCCGGACGUGUUAAGGUGUUUUAUCAGUUUUAUCAGUUUUAGCCAGUGGAAACCAUAAACCCUCGUGAUCCACACAACUUCAAAGAGCUCGAUUCUAUGUAUCUCGGUGUAGCUGUUGAAAUGUCGCUAUCACAGCCACAUUUAUUUCCUCAGCAAGCUGUACAACAGUUCAAGCUACGAUGUCUGGACUUCCUUAUUGAAGCUGCAGUUCAAAUAUCCAAGCGGUUUCCUAUGCAAAAUGAAACAUUCAAGCAUUUAGAAGCACUGGAUCCAGCUGUUGUCAAAGAAAAGAGCAUCCAAACACUAGCCCCCCUAAUGAUGAACUUUCCAUCCCUUGUGAGUGACGAGAAAAGGCAAAAAAUUGACACCCAAUGGAGGAUCCUAAGAAAUACACAUUCCACUAUCGUAACUGAAAACCAAACCAUGACCCCUAUCAAAUUCUGGAUGGAACUGAAGAAGACCAAGACACUUGAUGAAACACCUCUCUUCCCAGAUCUAGCUGAAUUCAUGCUUUCGCUGCUGUGCCUACCCCAUUCUAGUGCUGCAGCAGAGGGUUUCUCCUCCAUCAACAGAAUGAAAACGAAGACUAGGAAUCGUCUUACUACUGCUACAAUAUCAGGACUGCUUCACACCAAACGCUUGAUGCUUGAGAGGAACUGCUACGAUCUGGAAGUCACCCGUUCAAUGCUGAGUAAAAUGAACUCUGAAAUAUACAAGUCAAAUGAUGCAGAAGACAUGUAAGGCUUGCCAUGGCGAAGGUGUCUCGGCUUAGCUUUUAUGUGACAGUCUACUUGUUCCUGUGCCUGCUGGCAAAUCUGACGCUAGUGGUGAUGUUUCUCGGGGGUCAGCAGCACCGCCAUCAUCCCCAGGCACGCCCUCCAUCCACACCAGCAUGGACACCUUCAAGUGGACAGACCCUGAGUUGUGAUGAGUUGCCAGUCAUCUCCAACCUCACCCUCAUUGGCUCAGGCUGGACCAAGGCUGUGUACAGGGGCUGGUAUGGCAGCAGCUGGGUAGCUGUGAAGACAAUUCAUACUUCUGGCCAUGAUAUGACUGAGUGCAGUGCAGAAGUGAACGUGUGCUACCGCCGCUGUGCAGAGAAGUUGAUGCAGGAGGCAAAGAUUUUGCACAAACUGUCCCACAACAAUGUUAUAAAGGUGUUUGGGAAGUGCAUGCCGAAGGUGGAAUACUCCCCAGGACCUCCCAAGAGUGGGGUGGCAGCAGUGGUGGUGGAGCUUGGUCGACCUGUGCGGGUGGUGGAGGUUCUUCAGAUGGAUUAUGAAGCAAGGCUACAGCUGGCCUUGGAUGUAGGAAAGAUACUGAAGCUUCUUGCACAUUCCCCACUCGGCCCAGUGUUGAUGAAGGACUUCCGACGGGAACAGUUUGUCAUUGUGGAUGGAUUAUUGAAACUGUCUGAUGUUGAUGAUGUGGUGGUGGGGGAUCCCUACUGCACCUCGGCCAAGGACUGCAUCAUCCAAGACACCACCAAGGAUGCCAUCUUGACCAGUGUGCCCUGUGACCGUGGUCUGUGUCGAGGUUACAAUAGCCUUCUUAACUCCAUCUAUGCCAGCCACCACUUCAUGCGCCUCCUGAUCCCGUAUGGAGGCCCAGCUGCUCUGGAGAAGGCAAGCCUACAUCUGGUGGAUCAACAAGUUCAAGGAAAGCUGGACUCUGACCACCUCCACUAUGCCAUUGAAGCUCUGGUUCAUAACUACUCUGUGGGAGGUUAUCUAACCAACAAGGAGAAACAAGAAAUUCAAAAUUUUGUUGUGUUCCAUGGUUCCACAGUGGAAGGGGAGGACUUUCCAUGCUUGAAAACUGAUGGUAGUAAUUGCAUCCAGUCUGUCUCUUCUCCAUCUGAAGGUGCCUCACUCUGCUCUAAGCUUCCUACAUGCUCAGCUUUUAUCUUAAUGGAUCAGUGGGUGUGGACAGGUCGCCAAAUAGCUGUAUUCAAGAUGGGAGCAACAAAAGUAAUGGAAAACAAACGGCACACACUUUACGUCAGACGAGGACAAGGCUAGGAAGUGACAGUAUAUCUGGCAAGGAAUCAUAACACUUGUACAUUGCUGGAAAGCACAAGUGAGAGAACCCCAUAAAGUACAGUAAUUUCUCCCAGUCUGUGCCUAUUAGUGAUUGGAGCUGCUGGACUUUCAACUCUCCUCUUGAACAAUU